AUGUCUGCUAUUACAACCAAGUUCGUUACAGACCACAAACUCACCAAUGAGAUGAGUCUCGAAGAGCUUAGCCAGUAUGCCCCAGAAAUACUUGAGCUCUUGACAACUGGUGUGCCAAAGGUAGAUAAAGAGAAAAGGCGCCAGGCUCGUGAUCGUCUUCAAAAAGGAUAUAAGUUUAGCAAAGAACAGGCAUAUGCAUUAAUUCCUCACGAGAGAAUUGGGCGAAGUAAAAAUCAAGUAAUUCCCAAAGAGGGUGGAUCAGAAGCCGGGAAAGUGAAUAUAUGCCAAGUAUCCUUCGAUAAUACUUGUUCCAAUGAGACUAUUAAAGAAACGGCUCAGCGUAUUGUACGGGAUAAUCUUAGUGAAAGAGAUGUAAAAGCGAUAUCUAGAACCUUAGUCGAAACUGCCCCCGAUCCUGUCGUUAGCUUAUCCCGUCUCUCUAGGCUUCGAAGAGAAUUGCGAACCCUCAAUGCUCCAGAAGAAAUAAUCUCCGCUACCAAAAUUCCGGAGAUAACCAGAGCAUCCAAUAAAAUCCAACAGGAGCGUACUGAGCAACGUAAAAAUGAAGGGGUCCACUUUCUGGAUCACUUCUCGUUAGAAUCGGUUAAGGAAAGGCUAGAUUUGUAUGAUGUAUCUAAUAUACCUGACAAACAGGCCCUAGCUGAUGAUAUUCCUAGGGUGUUUAGAUCGCUAGAAAAAAAUGAGGAGCGGGCAAGGCAAUUGCUUACGUGGAUUCAGGAAGCAAUCAUCUCCGGAGUGUUAAGGGAUCCAGGAAAGCCUGGAUCUACAUACUUAAGUGCAUUUCUGAAAAAAGAAGAAUUUAUUCCUAAACCUUAUAAGCCACUAGUUCCUAGCUCUUUGCGCAAAUUAGGAGCGGUGUUUGCAGUUGUAGCGAGUGGGAUUAGGAAUCUGUCAAAAGCUAAUACUAUUGCUAGUCAAGCACUUCACAACUCUCCCGACAACCAUACUGCUCCAUCUGAUAGAUAUACUAUAGUUAAUUUCAGGCGAAGAGGGGAACCUUAUGAUCAGGCAGAGGCAUUCAAGUUCUUCGAUGAAAACUAA